AUGUCUUUUACAUCGGCCCUUGCCUUACUGGCGGCCCUCGCACCGGGCGUUUCAGCUCAGUCUAAUACCACCUAUGUUGACUACAAUACCGACCCAGAGCCUGGUCUUUACGACUUCACCCAGAAUGUUGUGGACUGGGCAUUCCCAGACUGUGCGGGUGGUCCUUUGAAGGACACAAUUAUCUGCGAUAUUUCAGCCAGACCGCAUGACCGAGCUGCCGCCCUGGUUUCUAUGUUUACCUUCGAAGAACUCGUGAACAGCAGCGGAAACCUCAUUCCUGCAAUUCCACGUCUUGGACUUCCACCAUACCAGGCCUGGACUGAGUCCCUCCACGGCAUUGACCGGGCGAACUGGACGGAAUCUGGAGACUUCAGCUGGACAACGGCCUUUCCAUCACCUAUCUUAUUGAUGGCCUCGUUGAACCGCACCCUUAUCAACCAAAUCGGUAGCAUUAGUUCUACCCAAGCAAGAGCAUUGAACAACUUCGGUCGAUACAGUUUGAAUGUUUACUCGCCUAAUAUCAACCCAUUCCGACAUUCAGUGUGGGGUCGUGGACAAGAAACUCCAAGCGAGGAUGCGAAUAUCCUUGGUUCGACUUAUGCUUUUGAAUACAUCACCGGUAUUCAAGGUGGCGUGGACCCUUCUCCUCUGAAAAUCAUUGCCAACGCAAAGCAUUUUGUCGGGUAUGAUAUCGAGAAUUGGAACAAUCACUCCAGGCUGGGCAACGAUAUGAUCAUAUCUCAGCAGGAUCUGUCCGAAUAUUACUCGCCUUCGUUCAAGACGGCUGUAAGGGAUGCUAGGGUCCACAGUGUCAUGUCGUCGUACAAUGCCGUGAAUGGUGUACCUUCAUCAGCAAAUACUUUCUUAUUACAGACACUUGUGCGUGACACCUGGAACCUUGUUGAAGAUGGCUUUAUCUCUUCCGACUGCGACGCGGUAUAUAAUGUCUUCAAUCCUCAUGGAUAUGCAUCAACCGGCGAACUGGCUGCUUCAAAGAGUUUGCUAGCAGGUACAGAUAUCGAUUGUGGUAUAACAUACCAAUGGUACUUGAACAGUUCUUUUACGAAAGAUGAAAUUUCUCGCAGUGAGAUUGAACGUGGUGUGAUUCGCUUUUACUCGAACCUUGCGAGUGCGGGUUACUUUGAUGGGGAAGAUAGUAAAUAUCGCGAUCUGGAUUGGUCUGAUAUUGUUGCUACCGAUGCUCUGAAUGUCUCCUAUCAGGCUGCUGUGGAGAGCAUUGUUCUUCUGAAGAACGACGGGAUUCUGCCACUGUCUAGAAACACUAGCAGCGUUGCGUUGAUUGGACCUUGGGCAAAUGCGACUACCCAGAUGAAAGGCAACUAUCUUCCCCUAGGAAACGCACCAUAUCUGACCAGUCCUCUUGCUGCGUUCCAAGACUCGAGUCUUCAUGUCAACUACGCCUUUGGAACCAACAUUACUUCAGAGUCAACCGACGGUUUUGAAGCGGCUAUUUUAGCCGCUAAAAAGUCCGAUGUGAUUGUGUUUGCCGGCGGAAUUGAUAAUACAGUUGAAUCGGAAGCCCAAGAUCGACAGGAGAUUAGCUGGCCUGGCAAUCAACUGGGUCUUGUCAAGAAACUGAGUCAAUUGGGAAAGCCUCUUAUCGUUCUUCAAAUGGGUGGUGGUCAGGUCGACUCCUCAGCACUCAAAGCAAGUAAGGAUGUCAACGCAAUCCUCUGGGGUGGAUAUCCUGGGCAAUCAGGUGGCCUUGCAAUCUUUGACAUUCUGACUGGCAAGCGUGCCCCUGCGGGCAGACUUACUGCCACUCAGUAUCCUGCAAAGUACGCCCACCAGUUCCCUGCGACAGAUAUGGGUCUACGUCCAAAUGGAACCAACCCCGGCCAGACGUAUAUGUGGUAUACCGGCAAGCCUGUCUUUGAAUUCGGUCACGGUCUUUUCUACACCACCUUCAAUGCCUCGUCCAAGCAAUUCAACGAAACUUACAACAUUCGCGAGCUGCUUACCCGGCCUCAUGUGGGAUACAAUACCGUGGAACAAAGGCCAUUUUUUAACUACACAGUGAGCGUCAAGAACACUGGUGCCGUCGAGUCGGAUUAUACAGCGAUGGCCUUUGUCAACUCUACAGCUGGACCAAGCCCACAUCCCAACAAGUGGCUGGUUGGUUUUGAUCGUCUUGGUGGGCUCAAACCGCAAUCCUCUCAUGUUCUGAACAUCCCAAUCUCAUUGGAUAACAUCGCUCGGACGGAUAUUGAUGGAAAUCGAAACAUCUAUCCCGGCAAGUAUGAGCUUGUCUUGAACAAUGAGCGUUCCGCGAUUGUCAGAUUUACUUUGACUGGCAGUGUUACGACCCUUGCUACCUGGCCAAAGGAAGCGCAGCUUAUCCCACCUUCAUAG